AUGGAACGAUCAUCUCCCACAUUCUUUGAGAAAAAACCAGCUUCCAUUAAGAAUAUAGAGCCUCAACCAAUGGAGCUUGAACCAAGCACUGACAAUGCUUUACUUGGCUAUAAAAUGGAACGAUCAUCUCCCACAUUCUUUCAGAAAAAAUCAGCUUCCAUUAAAGCUGUAGAGCCUCGACCAAUAGAGCUUGAACCAAGCACUGACAAUGCUUUACUUGUCUAUAAAAUGGAACGAUCAUCUCCCACAUUCUUUCAGAAAAAACCAAAUUCCAUUAAGAAUAUAGAGCAUCAACCAAUUGAGCUUGAAUCAAGUACUGACAAUGCUUUACUUGGCUAUAAAAUGGAACGAUCAUCUCCCACAUCUUUAAAAAAUCCAAUCAUAAGAAUGGUCACCGGACAUGGUUCUCAAGAGAUUAACCCCACGGAGCAUAACAUGAAGGACAUGCUUUACUUCACCAUCAAUGAUUUGAAAUUAGGCAAAAAAUUCCCAUUCUAUUUACAUCAAAAUGACCCCUCAACCACUCCAUCUUUGUCCAAAGAAAUCGCUGAUUCAAUCCCUUUUUCACUCAAACAACUCCCUCAAAUUCUCAAUUUUUUUUCUUUUCCCUCAGACUCCUCCGAAGCCCAAAUUGUGGAAAAUGCACUCCGUUUAUGUGAACGCGAACCCGUCGAAGGAGAGACCAAGUUUUGCACUACCUCCAUGAAAUCCAUGGUAGACUUCGUUAGCUCUGCCUUGGGCUUUGGAGGCAAGUCCAGUAGUGUCAAAUAUCUUGCCACUACCCUUCUCACCAAAUUCCACACCAAUCUCCAGAACUACACUCUCCUCCAAAUGCCUAAUGAAAUCAAAGUCUCUAAGUACUUUGCUUGCCACGCAUUGCGCUAUCCUUAUGUAAUUCGCUAUUGCCAUUCACGAUUUGGAGACACUAAGCUGCUGCAAUUUCCAAUGGAAGGCGAAAAUGGAGACCGGGUCCAAGCUCUGGCCGUUUGCCACAUGGAURCAUCGGAAUGGAACCCAAAACAUCCCUCGUUUAAAGUGCUCAACACCGUACCAGGAACCUUCCCCAUCUGCCAUAUUAUGCCGCUCACUGAUUUUAUAUGGUUUCCCAUCUCUACUUCAACUUGA